AUGCAGUUGGUCCAAGCCUUUCCCGUCCUCGCAUUUGUCGAUCUGUCCGGCGCCAGUCCGCAGCUCGCAGUUUCAUGCGAGCCGCGAGCCGUUCCUCCAGAGCAGCAGAAUCUCGUCGCCCACGCAUUUCAGUCAUCGCUCGCAGCUUUGCUGCUGCAGCCCGAGCAGAGACUCCGAGACGUCGACCUCUUCACCACCCUGGACCACCAGAUGAUAGCUUCCUGGAACCAGCAUCUCCCCGACGCCGUCACCUCCUGUAUCCACUGGAAAGUCUCGGAGGUGGCGAGGCUUGCCCCCGAUGCUCCGGCCAUCUGCGCAUGGGACGGCGACUUGACCUAUGCGAGGCUGGAGGAACUGUCGUCGCUGCUGGCUUCCUGGCUUCAGGCCCAAGGGGCAGGUCGGGGGUUCGUGGUGGCGCUUCGCCUUUUCAAGUCCCGGUGGGCAGUCGUCGCCAUGUUGGCCGUCGUCAAAGCGGGCGGCGCAUUCGUGUCCAUCGAUCCGACUCAUCCUCAAGACCGGCAGAAGCGGAUCGCUGAAGAUGCGGGCUCAUCUAUCAUGCUGAUAGCCGAGGAACUCGCAUCUGAUGCGCAUACCUGGACGGCAAAAAGCUUUGUCGUCUCCGAGGAAUCUAUACUCGGGCUUCUAGGCCAAACCCUCAUCUACCAUUGCCAAGACACUGUAAAAGAGGUUGUCCAUCCCUGUGAUGCAGCUUACAUCGUAUACACAUCUGGAAGCACCGGAAGUCCCAAAGGCAUCGUCGUCGAGCAUGCCGCCCUCUGCACCAGUGUCGUCGAGCAAGCCAAGGCCAUGAGAAUAUGCCCCGGUUCGCGGGUUCUGCAGUUUGCAGCUUAUACGUUUGACGUCAGUGUCGGGGAUAUCUUUACGACCCUGACGCAUGGCGCCUGCUUGUGCAUCCCGUCCGAGUCCGGCCGAAGAGACCACCUGGCAAACGUCAUGGCUGAGAUGAAAGUCUCUCAUGCUUGCCUGACGUCGACGGUCGCCGGAAUUCUGGACCCUGCCGAGGUGCCAACGCUUCGGAUGUUGACGAUCGGAGGCGAGCCGGUCUCGAGGCACAAUCUCGUCAAAUGGGCGGACAAGGUCGAGUUGAACAACAUAUACGGUCCCGCAGAGUGCACCGUAUGGUGUUUUGUGCAGCGCUCUGUCAAAGCAGACGACAACGAGUCCAAGAUUGGCUUUGGCAUCGGGGCCAGGGGGUGGAUUGCACACCCAGACGACAGCGAACGGCUCAUGCCUGUCGGUGCGGUGGGCGAACUGCUCAUCGAGGGCCCGCUGCUUGCCCGCUGCUAUCUGAACAGCCCGGAGAAGACGACGGCGUCCUUUAUAGUCGACCCGUCGUGGCUCCAAAGGUUUGGGCCGGCAGGGGGUCGCCGGUUGUACAAGACAGGCGACUUGGUAAAACUGCGCGGCCAGCGCAUUGAGCUCGGAGAGAUUGAAUACCACCUCUUGCUUAGCAUGAAGGAUCCCGGAGAGGUAGCUGUCGAUGUCGUCCAGCCACCCACAGGGAACGGCCCUGUCCUGGCCGCCUUCAUCAGCAUCGAUGAUGGACUGCACAAUGAGCCGGACGAAAACACGAUAUCUACCGAGGUCAAGACGCGCCUGGUCGAUAUCGCACGCCAUGCCAGGCCGAAGAUGGCAGAAUUUUUGCCGUCGUACAUGAUUCCUGUCGUCUUUGUUCCAGUUCGGGCCAUCCCCCUGACCGUGUCCGGCAAGACAAACCGGAGGAGACUGCGCCAAAUUUGCUCUGAACUGUCGUGGAGUGAGCUGCUGAGCAUUUCCAGCCCCGACGAACCAGAGCAAAAUGGCCUCAGAGAGGUUUCUGGCGGCGUCGUUGUCAAGACUCCAGCCCAAGUCCAAAUGGCAGAAGCCUGGGCAACGUUACUGGGAGUAGCGGCGGACGACAUACGCCCCAGCGAUGGCUUCAUCUCCCUCGGCGGCGACUCUCUCAAGGCGAUCCAUCUGGUCGCUGUCUAUCGCUCCAUGGGCUUGACCCUCACCGUCGCCGACAUUCUCCAGAAUCCUCGGCUUGCCAGCAUGGCCUCUUGUGCAGUCCCGACUAGCUCAUCUGCCGCAAAUGAGCAAGACUCGGGGGCCGUGGACGCGGCGGUUUCACUCGUCGAGGCAACUCCAGAUGAAGCCCUCAGGGAUAAGCUUCUCGCAGAGUUCUCGGAGCAGUGCGGAGUGAGAAAGGAUGGCAUUGUAGCCAUCUAUCCCUGCACCCCUCUGCAAGAGGAAAUGAUGGAGCUGUCGCUGCGAGGCGAGACGUCGCAGUUUGCCCAUGAACUGGCGAGGCUGUGGCAGACUUUGGACCUCGCGAGGUACAGGAAUGCCUGGGAAGAGGUCUUCCAACUGCACCCUAUCCUGCGAACGAGGUUUGUGCAAAGCAGCCACGACGGCAAGUUGAAGCAGGUAGUCGUUGACGAAGAGCUGAAGUGGGAAGCCCCGAGCGACUUCAAUGGCUACAUGGCGCACAAUUUCAGCCGGACACUGCGUCUCGGAGAGCGACUCGCUCGCUGGGGACUGUAUCGAGAGAAGCGGGCCAGCCAGAGCGGGUUGUCGGAACCCGGGGGUAGCCAGAUGCUGAUAAUCAGCCUGCACCACUCGCUCUUCGACGGCAUCACCCUGCACCAAGUCUUCGAGGACCUCUACAAGGCCUACCAAGGCCACGAGCUGGCCCGUAACCUGCCCAACUUCGGGGCGUAUCUCGGCCAUCUCCAAGCAGACAUUAAGCAACAAAAGCACCGUGACUUUUGGCGCAAUUACCUGGCAGGCUGGGAGGAGGCCCGGCCAUUCCCAAGCCUCCCUGAGCCUGACUACCGCUCCCGAGCCGAGAAGGGGACAAUACGCUUCCUCCCCUUUGAGGGAGGCAAGGCGUUCAACCUCGGGGAUCUGACCCUGUCGACGCUCUUGCGCGGCUCGUGGAGCCUGUUCCUGGCACAGCAGACGGGAUCACAGACGGUCGUGUUCUCAACCUUUCUGGCAGGCCGCAAUGCCAACGUCGCAGGCAUCGAGCGGCUUGUCGCGCCGACCUUUGCCCACGUCCCAAUCAAGGCGACCAUCUCGCCGGGCCAGACGGUGCGCAGCUUCCUCGCCGAGCUCCAGGCCGACGCGAUAUCCAUGAUUCCAUUUGAGGGCACGGGCAUGCAGACCAUCUGCGAGACGCGCAACACGGCGCAGGUGAUCCGCAACCUGCUCGUCAUCCAGCCGAUGCCCGGCGGCGGCGGCAAUCCGGCGAGCAUGCCGGGCGACGAGGACAGGACGUUUCCGGGCGACAUCCUGUGCGGGCCUCGGGUCGAUGCGGCAGCCAUGGGCGCCUUUAACCCCUUUCCGCUGCUGAUGGAGUGUGUGAUGCUGGAUGCGGGCAUCGCGUUCCGCGUGAGCUUUGACGAAGCUGUUCUCUCCGCAAAGGCGGUCGAGCACAUGCUGGACGGGUUUAUCGCCAUUAUCCGGGCCUUGCCGGCCAGGCUGAACGGAGCGGUACCGGGCCCGGGUUAG